AUGGCUAGAAGAAACGAUGAUGCUAUUGCUGCUGCUUUGCAGGUUGUUGCUCAGGUUGUGCAAAAUCAGCUUAAUGCUGGUGGAAAUGACGAGUUCCGACCUUUGGGAAAGUUGCAGAAGAACAAUCCGCUUACUUUCAAGGAUAUGUACGAUCCUGAUGGAGAACAGACUUGGCUCAGGGAGAUUGUGUUGGAUGUUGCAGCUGAAGUUGUAAUAUGGGAUAUGUUUUGCAGGGAAUUUUUGAGAAAGUACUUUCCUAAGGAUGUUUGUAGGAAGAAUAAGAUUGAGUUUCUGGAGAUGAAUGAGGCGACUGCUGAGUUCUCAAAGUGUAUCAAAUUCGAGAAUAGUUUGCGUCCUGAGAUUAAGCAGAAGAUUAGAUACCAACAUAUCAGGAGGUUUCUAGAGUUGGUGAACAACUGUAGAAUUUAUGGGGAUGAUAGUAAGGGUCAAUCGGCUCACUACCAGGGGCUGAGCGAGAGAAGAGGAAAGCAAAAUCUGAAUCAUGGAAAGCCAUAUAGUGCUCCAGCUAAUAAAGGAAAAUAG